AACCAUAUAAGUCACUGUGUUGCCAUUGAAUAGCAUGGAAUUAAACCUUCUUCAGUGUAUGUUUUGUGAGUGAAAGUUGAAAGAACCAUCACACACGCAAGAAAGACGAAAGAAAUUAAUCGAAUCUAGUAAUGUAAAAUUGUUUAUGCACUCUAAACUCGUAAGUUUCAUUCGGGACAGUGACUGUUUAGGUGAAUAUUAGUGACGGAUAAUUAUUCCCAUCAGCAAAUAUAAAGUUGAACAAUGCCCAAACCAAAUUAUGGAAACAGGCAAUCAACGUGGGUCAAAGAUGAAUAUAGACAUGACAAUAGAGAUCGACGUGUGACCUUUAAAUUUAGUCAUAGACAAGGCAGUAAGAAAGACAAUGUGCGAGACUGGACAACUGCUAUUAGGGAACAUUUGCAAGAUGAAGAUGUUGACAUGGGUAUCAGUUCCACUUCUGGCAGAGUUAUUAACAAUAAAAAGUUCAAUAAGAAGAAAAAGGGUGGACGAAAAGGCUCCCCAGUGCCUGUUAGGAAGCUUUUGGAAGGACCCACUGGCUGGUACAGGGUUAUAAUACCAUAUGGAGACAAGUUUGAAAAGACUUUCAUCAUAAAGCUACUCCAAGGAAAGCUUGAACCCUUAGCCUUGUGGCCAAUAGCAUGGCAGACACAAGGAACAACAGUUACAUUCUAUGUAGAUGAGUACAAGGUAGCUGAAAGGAUCCAUAGCAUGGACAGACAGAUUCAACUUCCAGAUGGAUUCAAGUUGCUCCUGAAGGUGCAUCCUGGUUCACCAAAUGUUGACAUGAAUGCAACCACUAAAGAAAAAAUGAAACUAGCCAUGGCAAAACGUUACAACCCAAACACCAAAGCUCUUGAUCUUACAAAGUUCCAUGCAGACCCAGAUCUUCAGGACUGCUUCUGUGCUCUGUUUAAGCCAAUUGUAUUCAUCACUAUAAUAGACAUUAUUGAGGAAAAUAUACCAGAAUUGGAAGCGUUGAAUUUGAUGGAUAAUAAGAUUACCUUGUUGAGUUUCUUGAAGAAGGUUAGCAAGAAGAUGCCCAAUUUGAAGAUUCUUCACAUGGGAAAUAAUAAGAUUAGAGAAAUACAACAGUUGGAUGCAUUUGAAGGUUUGCCAAUAAUCGACUUGGUGCUUGAUCGUAACCCACUCUGUGAUAAAUUCAAAGACCAACAGGCAUACAUCAGGUACGAUUUUUUCAUUUUUGCCUCUUUUUGAUUUUGACACUGCAUCAUGAUUUUAUAUAUUGUCAUAGUUAAUUUCAAAAAUUGCAUGUAUAUUUCUCACAACAAGGCAUAAUGUGAACCUGAUUUCAACUCAACGUUCAAGUUCCACUCUGAGAACUGUCCCAUAUGCAAAUUAUCAUAGUUGACUUGCAAAAUUUGGAUGAAGAAUGUUGUAAGCAAUUAUAUUGAUUAAUAACAAUAAAUAGUCCAAUCAAAAAAGCUAAAGGAUUGAGAAAACUGCACAAGAAAACAAGUUUCUUAAAUUUUGUUGAACCAUAUCAGAAUGGUUUUAAGUUUAUCUCAAUCAGUCAAAUGAAGGUGACAUCUUAUUGGUAGUCUUAUUGAUGGAUACAAUAUUUAUUCAAAGGCUAUUGUUUCCUUGAAGAUCUAUCUGUAAAUAUAUUUGAGAAUUACUGUCUGCAUUUUCAAUUGAUUCAUUUUUCAUGGUAUUAAACAUCAGUAUAAAGAAUGUUGAAUUCUGAAAUUUUCAUGCAUUUGAUAAUACUCGGGUUUAAAGAUAUCAAAAUUUGAUAAUUUUCAAUAAACCUAUAGCUUUUGUCAAUUUGUCUAAAAACUGUAUCUUCCUUUAAAGUUGGAGUCAUUGAAAGUUACAGGUCAUGUCAUCUGUCACUUUGAUGCUUGUCUUCUGAUUCAGAUUCUUUAAACCUGACUUUUAUAAUCAACAUCAACUAGAUUUCAAAUAUCUUAAUCUUAAAAAACAUACACUAUCAAGAAGUAUUGUUAACUUGAUAGUUGAAUUGAUUUUUAUUGUUCAAAAUUCAUACUUCUCAUCAAAAUUGGAUACAUUAUCACAUUUAUGUAAUUUUAAUAGAUUUGAUUGGAUAUUUCAUUUGUCAAUAUUGGUAUACAAAGUACAUAUGGCUUGAAUAAUAUUGACUAUGAUGCAUAGAAUUUAUCAUUAUCAUACUAUUACUUCAUAAAGAUUGUUCUAAAGAAUGUUAUUUUAGAGCCUGUUUCGAGGCAAGGCACGCAACAUUUUUAAUGAAUUCAAGCUGAUAUUUGCGGCCACAGAGACUGAUCAACUGGAUAUUGUUCUUCUAAUUAUUGUGUUGGUCAUAUAUUGAAUUUGUAUUAGAAACAUGAACAGUCACUUCACUAAUUGUUUGUCUCGUGCCAAGACAAAACGUGAAUAAUAUGAUCUACUGAAACUUAUGGCACAUUUUCAUUGUUCAAGUACGUCGGUAGCAAUAAAAACACAUUGCUACCAAUUGAGCUGAAUCAUGGUACCCAAAUAAGUCAAAAUGUUUGGAUAUAGGAGGAACAAAUAUGUAUAUGUAUAACAAUAAUCUUAAAGUUACAUCUUGUAUAGUAAAUGUUCAGUGAUUUGACGAGAGUUACAACAAUACAAUCCUUAACUAUAAUUCCUAUCUUGGUCAGCAUUCAUAGCUGUUCACAAAAUAAUAAUUUGAGGAGCAGCGAAGUGGAAGGAGACCUGAAAUGCCCCAAAACAGUUGAACCUUGCAAAAAUAAGGUUUUGGUGCCAUCACAAUGCCCAUGCUUUAUGUUGGUAGUGUUUCUGGUGGUCUUUUAUAAGACAUGAAUGACAGAACUAGCCUUCUCAGAUGGGCAGAUGGCUUUCAGAAUCUUGGUGAUAGCAGAUCAGUUUAUGUGCUCCAAAAAUAAUAGAUAUAAUGAAAAAAGAAAAACAAAAGAAGAAUGCGAUUAAGAAAGGUGUUAUGAUUGGGCAAUGAUACAUAAAUGAUUUGGGAAAUAAUUUCCUGGCGCUGGAUUGCUUGCUAUACACAAUGUAACCAGCAAGAUUUUGUCACAAUAACAUUAUUGCAAAACAAAAAUCUGAACUACUUAUUAUCCAUGUAUAUAAGGGAAACGAUUGGUGAUGUGUUUUCAUUCAGUUUUCAUUUUUCCCCAAGAAGAGCAAAUGGCCAGGUGAAAAGUCAUGUUAUACUAAUUGGUUAUUGGAUGUGUGUUAUAUCGACGAUCUCAAAUCAAUACCUCGUAAGUCCGAAAAUGUCGAUUUAUGCAUACAGGAGUCAAAACAGAACAAAAUCAGAAAAUCGACAUUUUUCGGACUUCAUUUGAGAUCGUCGAAACACAGUUUAGCUUCAUUUGUCUACUUUGCCUCAAACUUAUGUAUGAACUUGAGAACUUUUAAUAAGAGGUAUCAAAUAAAAAAUAAACCUUUUAUCACUCGAGGAGUUCGUUUUGUUCAACCUCAAUAUUGUUAUUAUUAUCAAAAUACUCACUGUUUUUGGUUAGUUGAAGUGUCUCGUUUGCCGCAUACUAAAUUUGUAUCAAAGAGAGUUAAGGAACUGCCCAAAUUGUAAUAGCAUUAAUUCGUUUAUUAUUUUUGUCGAAGAAAAAUAUUGGUAUUGAGAAAAAUUGAAAUUGGGUAUUAGUGUGCUUUGAGGUUCCAAACUAGUUACGGCGGCAUGCACAGUCGUUCCCUUUUGCCUUCCGAAAGAGACGAAAAACAGUGCGCCAUGGCUAUAAAAGGCGUCCUUCGAAGUAGGAAGGCAAAUAGGAUUUUUUUACUUCGUAACUAUAAAGUUUCGUAAUACCACUGCUGAUCAUACAAGAUUGUUAUUCGCACCAAAAAAACCAUACCUUGACUCAUUGGUAAUUGAAAAUAUAAAGCUUCUAUGGGUUCUACAAUUUUUUGUAAUUAUUCAGUUUCUGAAUGACCAUUUACAAAUGACAAAAAUUGAUUGGAACCCCUUGAGGAUUCAAAUGAUCAGUUCAUCACAUGUCUCAAAAAAGACGCUUGCUGCCCUGUACCUUAGAAAAUAAUAUGUUUCUAAGUUCACCCUCGGUGUAAUUUCAGGAAUUUCCUUUUUUCACCCAUGUACUCUUUCAGUUGCAAAAAAAUAUCUUUUAGAGAUUUUUUUUAAGAAGAAUUAAGCUUAAACACCUGUUAACCUGUUAACGAUGUUACAUUAUCAUUGCUUUAGUAACUUUUGGCUAAGGAAACUGUCAAAACUGAAGUAACUAGAAAAAUUGUCUUUCGGUUCUUAACGCGUGUUCAUUCGAGAUACUUCAAUGAUUCUCCAUUUUCCAUCUUUACGUGCGACAAGGGUUUCUGGCUUUUGGAUUUAUUUUUAUGAUUUUGCGUUGACAAUAUUGUGUUUGUCCGAGUGAAAGGUAUCCAGGACGACGUUAUGUAACAAAGGGCCUAUUCGGGUCCGUGAUUUUCUGUCUACAGUGAAGUUAGGAAGAGGUUUCCCAAGUGCAUGAAGCUGGUAAGUAAUCCAACAUUACAGAUUUAGAUGUUAGAUGUAUAUUAUCCUCUUACUUCUUUCUGCCCAAUAAAUACAACGUCAGAUGGUUUAUUAAUUUUAUUUAUGCUGCGUUUACAGUAGCAUUUUCUGACUAUAAAAAAUAAAAUAAAUUCUGAAGUUGAAGUCUAGAUUGAUCUGUUGACAUUUAAAUCUCUCUCCAAGUGAUAGUUCAUUUUGAUUGUUUAGACAUGUGAAUACUACUAAGAUCUUUUUGGCAUUUUGUGUGUAACAUAGAAUGAGGUCACAAGUAUGACUAGACUUUGGUCCAGAAUCAUUCUAUGGUGCUUGUUUUUGUCAAGUUUUUCCCAUACAGCACUGCAUCUAUACAACUCUCAACAAAUUGAGAGGCAGCCAUAUUGGAAAUUAUUGACUUCAGGUAGUGGAGGCUUGGGAUAUGUUGCAAGAUGCAAUGUCGUACAUUUACUUUUUUGUACUUAUUUAUUCUGUAUGAUAUUUGGAUCCAAUUUGGAGGGUCCAUUUUUAAGAUUUUGGAACCGAGGGUUGAAGAUGCACCAUAUAAGAAUUUUGGACUGACAUCUAGUUGUCCUCUCUGUAAGUGAAAUACUUUGAGGGUUUGGUUACAUCAAUCGAUGCUUUAGGACGGAAUAGACCUCCCCCCUCCCAUCAGCUUCGAUAUAGCUGAGGACCAUCAGCUACCGAACCCUCAGCAGACGUUCCUGUGCAACGCGGAAGGCGGCACCAUCGUGAGACAGUUUCUAGAACAGUAUUUCCUCAUCUACGACACGGACAACAGGCAGCCUCUACUGCAAGCAUACCAUGAAAAUGCAACUUUCUCACUAACUAUGGCAUAUCCAUACGGUUUUGGGAAAGAUAAGAACGUGUCAUGGUUGAAUUGGUAUGCUACAGAUAACAGAAAUUUGCUCAGAGUACAGGACCCUGACAGAAGGUGCAAAUUGCUCAAGCAAGGACACGUGGCCGUUGUGUCCUUCUUACAGGAGAUGCCCAAAACCAAGCAUGACAUGCAUAGUUUUACUGUCGAUUUGACGAUAUUUACGGUAGGUACCCUUUAUUCGAAUUUUCUAUGCCACACAUUUUUAUCAUUCAGUUUAGUCAGGUUUUCUUUUCCAAUUUGAUGAGGUUUGGGGUACAAUAUGCUUUAUUGAUAAUAGGUAGUAAAACACAUUAUGUACUUAAUCAAAACAAAACAAAAAAAACAGCAAAAUACCAUCCAAUCUUUGUUUUUGUAUCCUUUCAAAUUUCUUGUUAUUCAUGUGUGCAUUAUUUUGACAGAAGACAUUUUAAAAGUUUCUUAUCGCUUUAGAUAUAGUGAUCAUUUUUCAAGUUUCCAAACUUUUGCAUAUGUAUUCUCGCUUUCUGUCAAGCAUCAUACACCACUGCUAAAUUCGGAAUGAAAAUAUGGUAGUCGGUAUCUAAGGAGAACUGAAGCGAUAAUACCUGAUAUAUGAUGUUAGCAUCUCAACAAUUAGAUUUUAAUCUGAUACUUCUGUUUUCCAGCCCCAGAUGCUAUGCUUAACAGUAUCUGGCAUGUUCAAAGAACUGAAGAGUGGUCACAAAUUUCCUCCACUACGAUAUUUCUUUAGAACACUGGUGAUAAUACCUGCUGGUUCAGGUUUCUGUAUAGCAAAUGAAGUACUUCAUAUCACGAAUACCACACCAACGCAGGCAAAGGUAAUGAAUUUGAUCUAUGAACGUUUGAUAUUUGCAUGUUAUUAUAAUCAAAUAGAGGGUGUUCUGGUGGUUGGGAUUUCUCAGAGACAACUUCGUUUUACAUAUCACAGCUAAUAUACAUUAAAACCGCAGAGAAAUAGUAAAGAAAGGAAUAAAAGUACUCUACUCUUCAUUUCAAAAGACAAAAGUCGAAUUUCAAGUAUCACCCUGUCCAAGUUAUUGCUGUUCAACUCAAAAGAUAUGCUUCUUUCUUAGCUUAUAACGUUUGGGGCUGUCUAGGUCUUCUCUUGUGCCCACCUUGAUGUUUUUACAAACGGCCUUUGCAUGAGAUGAACAAACCUACUAGGGGAUGGAAAACACAUUGAAUACACUCGCGAAGCAACAGCAGCAACUCAAAGACAUUGUAAACUAUCAUCGAUUCCCCAAAUCCGUAAUUGCUGUAGGAGUGUAUCGUUUUCGGUUUUUCAAAGCCAUUAUACACAAACAACUUGAUUUACCGCGCGUAGCGUCUGGGUUGGAUACCAGCACACGCCGCGUCGUAUUUACUCAUCUUAUUUUUUGCUGAAGGCAGGUUCGGAUUUGGUAUCGCGCAUUUCUUUGAAAUCUGAUUACUUGAUUAUUUUGAGAUUUUGGUAUAUGUGAUAUUUCAUUAUUUUUACAAGGACCAUACACUGGGGCUCUGUAAAGUCUCAACGUUAAGAAUACUGUGUAUAAUGGUGGCUGACAAUAACGUUUGGUCUUUUACCUUGACCAACUGACUAAAAGGUUUAUUAGGAUUAAUGUUAAGAAGUUGUGCCCAGCGGGAAAAUCCAAGUCCAAUGUUCUGCAUCUUUUUCAUUUGGGGAUCUUUUUUUUAGGAUGCUUUCAAGACACCCCCGAUAGUGGCGCCACCUCCAAGUCCUGUGUCGACAGGUGCCUCCCCUGGACCAAGUACAAGUAUGGCACCUCCUGCAGUAGCUCUCGAUGACAACAUGAAGCAGGAGAUGGUUAACCAAAUGUCGAUCCAGUCGGGAAUGAACAUGGAAUGGUCACUCAAGUAUGUUGAAUUUAUGCACAUAUUUGUACAUCAGGCCUGACCAGAUAAUCUGACUGAUAAAAUUUUAAUUCAGUUGAUUUAAGAUUAUUUAUUUAUUUUGCACCAUUGAAAUCACACAAAAUGGGCACUUGCUUCAUAAAAGCACCAUUCAUUUGUUUCAUCUUUAAAGUGUUUACUCAUCUUUUAGGUGUUUGCAAGAGACUGAGUGGG